AAAAGAACUAUUUUUGGUGUUGUGUUUUUUCCACUUCUCACUUGUGGGUUGUGUGGCUUUUUUUCCUCUUCCAGAUUUUCAGCAACAAUGGGACAGUUGAAUUUUUUAUUACAACCAAUGAAACCUUUAGUGUCACCCCAGAGCAUAUAGGGGCUCAGUUGCUCCUGAAAUUGAAGAAGAUGGCAGAAGAGAAUCUUGGCAUGCCAGUUUCCAAGGCAGUUAUCUCAGUGCCAGCAGAGUUUGAUGAAAGGCAACGCAACUACACUAUUAAAGCAGCUAACCUUGCAGGGUUAGAGAUCUUGAGGGUCAUUAAUGAACCCACUGCUGCAGCUAUGGCGUAUGGUCUCCACAAAGCUGAUGUAUUUAAUGUCUUGGUAGUUGAUUUGGGUGGAGGAACUUUGGACGUCUCUUUGUUGAACAAACAAGGAGGGAUGUUUCUGACGCGAGCCAUGGCAGGGAACAACAAGCUUGGAGGUCAAGAUUUUAAUCACCGGAUACUUCAGUAUUUAUAUGAACAGAUAUAUGGAAUGUAUGGUUCUCUGCCUUCCAAGAAGGAAGAAAUACAUAGACUCAGACAAGCUGUGGAAGCAGUUAAGUUAAAUUUGACUCUUCACAAUUCUGCUUUACUUAGUGUGCAUCUUUCCAUGCCAGAAAGAAAGGACCUAGAAGAACUUGUAGAGAGAGAGCGAGAAAUGAGCAAUGUAUUUGAAAACAAGCCUUCAAAAGAGGAAGACGGUAUGAAAAAAUCUUUAAACGAUGACUUUUCACAAACACACAGCAACACUGUCAAAGUUUUCUUUGAAACAGAAAUAUCAAGGAAGCUCUUUGAGACACUGAAUGAGGACCUUUUUGAGAAGAUUCUUCUGCCUAUCGAGCAGGUGUUGAAGGAAGGACAUCUUCACAAAACAGAAGUGGAUGAAAUUGUAUUAGUAGGGGGCUCCACUAGAAUUCCCCGGAUACGCAAAGUUAUUCGAGACUUUUUUGGAAAGGAGCCCAACACUUCUGUGGACCCUGACUUGGCAGUUGUAAUAGGUGUAGCUAUCCAAGCAGGAAUUGUUGGAGGGUCCUGGCCUCUCCAAGUCAGUGCUAUAGAAAUUCCUAAUAAGCAUUUACAAAAAACUAACUUCAACUGAACUUCAUUGCUAUCAUCACAUUCCAUCCUUCACUCCUCCACAACACUUCAUUCAUAAGUGCAUGCUUACCCAACAAACAACGAAGUCCAGUCUUAGCCAUGUUAGAUCCAUCUUGAUUUUUUUUUUCCCAGUUAAAAGCAUUAAUGGACUGUUUUGAAUGUUCUGGCUAUAGCUCUCUUUUUGAAGGUAUUAGCAACUUUAAAUUACUGAACAUGAAGUCAUCCUCUGAUUGGAUGUAGACAUACCACCACCACCACCACCGGAAAUGCACUUUUUUUUUCCUCUUUUGCUAAAUUUUAUUAGCAGACCCUGAAUACUUGAUUACUUAAAAAUGGAAUUCAGCUAUUGAAACCCAGGCUAGAGAUGAUGUUGGCAUCAUGCUCUGGACAUUCCCAGGUGUUUGUAUUUACUGUGAAAUGAAGUUGUAACAGUGUUAAUGCAGAUAGCUUUGGUAAUGUUCAGCUUUUAAAUUUAUUUAUUACUUAGUUAACUGAGCACUUUAAGCACCUUCCUAUGUGUCAUUCUGCAGCUUGAAUACUGUCAAGUAAGUCUUGUGCUAUUAUUUAUAACAGAGCAGUGGCACUGUGGAGACUGAGGAUUUGUUCCCUCUUAGACAGUUUGUUUGCAACCCAGACUAAUUUUGGGCCUUGUCAUAUAUGUCAUUGCUCAUGUACUGGGCAUUUUCUAAAUCUAAGCAAUUGCCACAAUCUAGCUUUGUAACUUAAAGGGACUUUUGUAUUGCCCCUAAUGCAUCUGUCUUUUGGAAAAAGUAGUAAUAGGAUCCACUUUCAUACUUUCCAUUCCUCCUAGAACUAAGGAAUUGCUCACCAGACAAAAACCUUUAACUGUUUUACAUAAAAAGACAGCAAAAUAAGUCCCACACAACUUCCCUUAUUUUCAAAUCGCAUACACUUACAUGCAUUGUACGAUCAAGCAGGUGUUUGGCUAGGAUGAAUAAAGCCUUUUGGUUUUUUCCUUAACAUUCUAACAGUAGGAAUGGAGGACUGUCAGAAACCUUCUGGCUUGAGUUCAGUCCCCAUAGAUUUAGUAAAUAAAGUUAAUUCAACUCAGAUUGUACAUGCCAGUUAGCAUACUGGUGCCUUCCUUUGUAGGUUCUUGAAUGCUGGGCCUUACUAUGACUUGAACGUGGAGCGGUAGCUCUGAUCUGUAAAGAGAAGCCAAAACAUGUAACUCAGAAUUUGGGGUGUGCAUGCAUCUGCCCUGUGGGAUUCAUUUCUGCUGACCGAGUGUGGAUGCAAAGUGUAGUUGGUUGUAACGGUUUGUCUAAGGACAUAGGCAGACAAGGUUCUUUGGGUAGAUGUAAUGUCUAUUUUUGGACCAACUCAAUAGUUGGAAAAAUGUUAUUUGCAAGCUUUUGGGCACAAACACCCUUCUUUAGGCAUUGGAAGACUGCUGCUGCUAUGUGUUUUUUUCCAAGAAAUCUUGUUAUAGUUUAGCUUCUUUUCUACCUUGGAGAACACACAAUGGCAGCAGUCCUCCAGUGCGAAGAGUAGAAAUGUAUUUACAGUUAACUUGAUUCUUGAGGUCUCUGCUUUUAGAAGAGACUUAUCUUCCCGUAUUUGCUUUAGAGAGGUAAAUUGUAAUGUUGAAAAGCCAAGUGAAUUUUCUUUUUAUAUGUAUAAAAGAAUUUUUUAUUUAUAGUCAAAAAACAACACGGUAUCACUGCUUCAUCUGAAUCAUAAAUAGCUAAGGAAGCUCUAGUUAAAUCUGAAACUGUUCUUUUUCAGAGUGAGCCUGUAAUGUUGAAUGUUUUGCUGUCCUGUUUUCCAUCCUAGAGACUUAUCUCUUCACUAAAAAGCUUGCACUUAACUUUAAAAAAUACAGAGUUUUGUUGGAAUAAGUGCAAUUCUACCAUGCUCCAGUCCCCUCGGUUUUUAAGUUCCAAAGGAUUCUAAAGGCUAAUGCUAGUAGUUUUCUGGUUUAAAUUAAGAAAAAACAAAAAGCUUGCAUACUCAGUUUAUGUUUUAAAAAAAAAAAAAAAAAAGUACAAUUCCUCUACUUGACUGGAACCUCAUAGUUUGUGUUAGUAUGAGUCUCAAAGUAACAAGAUGAGAGAAUUUCAUGAAACCUGGUUGUACAACUGCAGAGACUGUUGGGAGAUUAAGUGAAGCAUGCCUGAAACUUUCUAACUUUUAAGGUGGUGGCCUUUCUGUACAACAGUGGAUAAAUGCCAAUAUAUAGUACAAUUCUUUUGUGAGAGUAAUAGGCAGCUAUCUAUUUUAGGUCAGGUUUUACAUAUGUGAGUGUAUUUGCAGGGUAUGGGACCAUGUACUAACUAUAGCCUUUAUAAGAAGUGGAGCCUUGGCAUGUGGCCAGUUGAUAGUAUUCAUAAAGUUCAUUAGAACUGCAGUGGGUAAGAGACUUAGGUUUUGUUUUCCUUCAAUGCACUUUUUGCAUAAAAUUAAAACCAAACCAUAACUAAUUAAACUUUUUUUCAAGUUUGGGAAGCAAGGAGAAGGCUUCAUAGGAAUAGCAACAUAUGAAACUCCUUGUGAAUACACAAAGCACCGACUGUUAAAAUAUGUUUCCAAGUGAUGGAACUUGUAAAAAGGAAAUGACUUCCCUUUCUGUGUGAAUCUGGAUAUAAACAAGUCAUCCUUGAAUAUACUUAGCCUGAGACUUGUACAGAGUGGUUUAUAUGCAUUGGGCAUAUCUCAUUGUGGGUGUGUCAGUCUAUUUUUUUAAAAUCUUGCCUGUUUUUAAUUAAUUUACUAGAGUUAUUUAUUUUGCAUCUUUAGUUAAUUUUGGUACUGUGUGUUGGCACAAACCAGUGAAUUUUUAAAGGGUAAGUGGAACACUGCAUUCUGCAUUUUUUUAAAUGCACACGCAUGUACAGCCAGCCAUGACUAUAUUCCAGUUAAAUGACAAGGGUUACAAUUCUGUCUUUAAAAAGGUAUCUGUAGCAGGACUGAGCCCCAGGGGUGGCCGUAACACUUCCUUGUGGCCUUGCGACUCCUGCCCUGCUCCAGCUCUCUGGGUGUCCUCCCUUCGUGCUCUCUCACUUGCCAUGUCUUGCUGGUAGUGUUUUACUGGGAGAGAGGGAGGCUACCCCCCAGGUUUCCAGAGCAAGCCUUUGUCUACCACCAGACUGGGUUCCUCCCAAACCCUGUCAGCCCCCAUCCUGCUCUGAGGCACUAGGUAGGGUCCACCUAGCCAGUCCAUGCUCUAGCACACUGAUUGCCAUAAGUGCUAAUUUUGUGGCUUCUGACUUCUCCUACAGCCAUGCCUAUGCCUCUCAGAUGUUACCAGUCAUCACUUACUGAGGCACUUUGACCACAAGCCAGUGUCAGGCCACCUCAAGCCUCUACACCUUUAUUGUGGCCCUGGCCUUCCUGGCUUCCAUCCCACUGCCCUAGCUGGCACUUUUAUCUUAAGGCCACCUCACCAGAUUUCAGUUUAUGGGUGUUAGCCCUAGUGUAAUAGUUUUGGUUUCUUUCCCCUUGGGCUUCAGGCCCCUGGCCCUAGUUUUCACCCUCUUGCUUUUUGGGCCCCUGGCUCUGGUCCACCUUGGGCUAUGGCCUGACCACCUGUCAACAUCUUCAUCCCAGUUUCUGGCAGGGCUCCAAAGCACCCGCAUGCCCCAUUGGGUACCACUGUGACCUCUUCUCUGUUAGUCCCACCAAUCUAAAUGAGCAACCACUUGACAUACAACCUUCCCCCUCUGGGCAAAUUAACUUAAGGAAAGAAAAGGGCACCUUUAAAGGAAACCUCUCCCCCUUGGGGGGAAGAAAGAAACAUGCCUUCAGCCAGCCAUCCUCCAGCAGGGGUCUCACCUCCCUGCUAGUGUCUCCCAAGCAGCAAUUCCCUGCUCAGAGCUCUUUCCUGUAGCAUACCAGACUUAGUUCUGCUCUCCAGAUCUGAGUUUUUAAGCUGCAUGGAGGGUGGGGCCUCUUCAGUCAUGUGAAGACUGGCACAUCUGCUCUUACCUAAGUCUAAUGAACCGCUUACUGCUGUUAUACUAGUUUCUGUUGAAGGUCUCUUGCUGUUUAAGUGUGGCUCUGCCCUGUCAGCUGAUUGCUGUGCAGAUAGCUGUGAUAAGCAGUUGUAAGCUAUGAGCCCCUGGCUACCUAUGCCCUUGCAGCCAGCCCAUAAUGGGCAGUGCUGCUUCUCCAAUCGGGAUUUCCCUACUGCUGUUUCCCUAGGAGUAAUGGGAACCCUGGCUGCCUCUUACAGUAUCCUACAAUUUAUCUCAAUUUAUCUGACUUCAGCUGUGCCAAAUACAAAGUAUUGAGGUAGGUUUCAUGGGUUGCAGUCCAAGAAGUGGAUGUGUUUAGUACUACUUUCAACAAGAUCAGGUCCCUUGAUGUGUACAUCAUCUGCAUCUGGGGAAAAAUAAGAUGUAAUGUUGAACAACUGCAUUUAUAAACAGACUUUUAGUAUGUUUUUAAAUAAAAGCAAUUACAUCUGGCUAGUCUCUUGCUAUUUUUGUGGGGCUUCCACCUCUGUUUUAAAGCAGGUUUAAAAGAAGAGAAGCUAAGUUGAACCUAACGCCACUGGCAAGCAUUCAGUUAAGGGUGAGGUCAAUCUGAUCAUCAGUCCCAACAAUUGCAUCUCCCAUGCCACAUGUAUGUGGGAAGGGGUAUGACGGUGGGAUCAGGGAUCAGAUCCCAGUUGUUCCCUAUUGCCAGUGUAGGAUGCGCCAAACUACCCCUGCACCACCAGGUAGCAAACCAGUUGUGUAGUGGACCCAUGGUUUAGAGCGCUAGUCAGCUGAUCAGUGUUCCCAGCCCUGGAGCACAGUGGAGACCAGCAAGACUCCAGUGCACUCCUGUGGCUGGGAGCAUCAGUCACCUGACUUGUACUGUCUCCCUGUAGCAAAAUGUGGGAUGGUGAUGGGGUGUGUUCAGCUUCCUAUGGGGCUGGAGCAAGAGUCCAAGCCCAAGUGACACUUUAUCUCUUGGGGUGGAGAAGAAAGGACCAGCAUGAGAGCAAAGCAAUCUUGGAUGUUGGAGAAUUGCUGUGGCUUCUCUUAAAAGAUAAGUGGUACAGACAUUUGCUUGCCCAGGAUAAACUCCCAGGACUGAUAUAAUCCUGGUUGAUCCCAAAUAAUUUUUUGCCCCAAGUAGCUAUUUUUGCUCUGGAAAAGUCCUGAACAUCUGCACACUUGUGGCUGCUGGAAGAACAGCAACUCUCCUAGGAGAAUGUCUGUACAUGUGUUAAGGCUCUUACUGCACUCUAAUUAAUCCAUUUACUUGAUGUCUCAAACAAGGAGAACCUGAGACAUUUGGUAGAGAUCUAUAAAGACUUUGAAGCUUUACUGGCUUUUUCAUUAUGCCUUUUUCCAUACAGGACUCUUUCGCAAAUACAUGAAUACUAUUGCUUAUGCCUUUGAGGCAGAAGUGUAGUAUUCCACAGGUGCAUCAGCUAAAGCACAGGGAUGAAAUGACCUGUUUCAUUGCCUACUGUGUUACCAUAUUCCUAUAACAUAAACACGUGUUUCUCAUUGCUCUUCAGUACUAUUUUUCUGCCUUAGAAAAACCUCUACAUGUGGUUGGUAACAGCCAGGGAGUGGUCUGACCAAGCCCAGCAUCUGUUCCUGUUCAAAAUAAAGGAAGACAGAUAAAGCAGGUACCUGGCACAGUGGUUCUAACAGAGCAGUGAACUUCCAAUAGCAGUGAACUUUGCCUUUUUCCAAUCAUUUGCAGGUUAAACAAACACGUGGCUUCAAUGAUUUAUGAUCUUGCCUUGAGAUGGGGGUUGGACUAGGAAACAGCCUGAGGUUCCUUCCAGCUCUCCUUUUCUGUGGCUGCAUACAAACACGUUCAAAUUAAGCAGUUGAUUUUUCAAAUGACUUAACCUGCAACCAGCCUACAACAUUCAAAGGAGCCAGCCCUGGGGGACCUGGAACACAUACUAGUGUGCUUCGCAGGCUUGUGUCUGCCUGGAUACAGAUGCCAACAGCCCAUAGCACAGGCUGGGGUCCCAAGAGUCUGAAAGAAAGAUUGGGAGAGGGGGCUG